AACCCCUUCAUCUGAUUUCGAUUCAUCUUGUCACAUCGCCUUAAACUUAUUACAUUUUUAUAAGUUAUUAAAUUGUUUUCGUUUAUUUUUUGUUCGUUUAUAAUUAUUCAUAUAAAAAUCUAAGUGGCUGGCAAAACCAACAAGCGAUUUGGUAACACCUCAACUCCGAGGCCUCAGGCUUCGGCCUGUGGUCAUCACACCACAAUAACAUCAAAAUCAGCGAUAAAAAAAGCAUAACUUUCUAGCCGCAGUUAGACUACUUUAUUCCUUUUAUUUCACAACAUUGUAUAAAACUUAACAAUCAUCAUGUCUCAGUGGAACAAUACUUACGCUUAUAACAACCAGUAUCAAGAUUCUACCUCCUGGAACGGCGAUGUUAAUGCUCAAUAUGUGAACCAGCCGUACUAUCCUGGCGCGCAAUACGAAUCUAACAACCAGUACGUCAGUUUCGACGAGUUCUUAUCACAGAUGCAGGGUAACCAGGCGGCUGCUCCGGCCGCAGCCAACUUCAAUAGCUCAGAAUAUCAAAAUUAUGCAGGUAGCCAAUACAACUACCAGAAUAUACCCUCCACCUCACAGAAUACUCAUGAGAACUACAACUAUGGGCAGAACGCCGCUGGUUCCAACGAUGUAGAGACAUAUCAAAAACAAAGCCAGUACAAUCAAGCUUUACCAGAAACAAACACUGUAAAUGAAGUGCUUUUCAAAUCUAACCUCACUGCUACUGCUACAGAGUUUGUUCCCAAAAACCCACCUGUGAAACCUUCAUCUAGUAGUCAGAAUGUUAAACCAGAGUCUUCUAAAUCUAGAAAUGGACUGAAAGAAUCUAAGAGCACUCAUGGGAGUUCAUCAGACACCAACUGGAGGGAAAGACCUCAGCUGUCCAGUCAUAAUGGCAGCUCUAGAUCAGAUUAUAGAAACAAUGACAGACAGGAAUCUAACAGCUAUAAGCAAGAGUCAGGUAAUCACAGUAGAGACUCUAAUAAUCGCAACGAUUAUAAUCAACGGGACUCAAACAAUCGUAGCUAUGAUAGAAACCAUGAGUAUAAUAAUCGUAAUGACUCCCGUUAUGAAGGUCGUAAUCAAGAACCCAACAAUCGUUAUGAAAAUCGUUAUAAUGAAAGGGGCCAAAAAUCUAAAUCUAAGAAUAAAGAUUCGGAACGUACAUUUUAUAAUAGUUCUAUGCCUAAAGAACCUAGAAAUGGUAGAGAAAGCUCUGGAAGAUCUAGAAAUUAUCCAGGUAGUUCUCGAUUGAGAACUAUUGAGCGUAAUAUAACGGAAGAUGAGCAGUAUGCUAACAAUUACUUGCAAUUUAAAGAAGAAAAAAUGGAGAAAAUGGCAAAAGACAAAGACAUAGCCAGUCCUAAGAACAAGUCUAAUAAAAACUCAGCAGAGCCAGGAGGCAAGGUCCCAGGAACGAAAGAAAUGACUCAGCGUGAGCGACUUAGUGAACAACUGGACAAAGGCACUCUGGAGUGUCUCGUAUGUUGCGAGAGAGUGAAGCAGACAGACGCAGUGUGGUCAUGUGCCAAUUGCUACCACGUUCUGCAUCUCAGAUGCAUCAGGAAGUGGGCUACAAGCAGUCUGGUUGAGGGCAAAUGGCGCUGCCCGGCGUGUCAGAACACAAGCAGCAGCGUGCCGUCCGAGUACCGCUGCCUGUGCGGCGCGGUGCGCGCGCCCGAGUGGACGCGCGGCCUGCACGGCGCGCACUCGUGCGGCAAGGCGUGCCGCCGCCCGCGCGCCUGCCCGCACCCCUGCACCUUGGACUGCCACCCCGGGCCCUGCCCGCCCUGUACCGCUACUGUCACCAGAGAAUGCGGCUGUGGUGCAGAGUCGAGCACAGUGAUGUGCAGCAACAAGUCCGCGCUGCUGUGCGGGCGCGUGUGCGGGCGGCAGCUGGCGUGCGGCGCGCACGCGUGCGGCCGCGAGUGCCACGAGGGCGCCUGCGGGGACUGCACCGAGACUGUCACGCAGAUAUGCUACUGCGCCGCGGGCGUGCAGCGCGUGGUGGCGUGCACGGCGCAGUCGCGCGGCUCGCAGCGCUGGUGCUGCGGCGCCGAGUGCACGUACGUGCGCGGCUGCGGCGUGCACGUGUGCGCGCAGCGCUGCCACCCGCCGCCCUGCCAGCCCUGCCCGCGCCGCCCCGAGGCGCUGCUCACCUGCCCCUGCGGGAACACGCAGAUCGACCCCGGCGCCCGCAAGCACUGCACCGACCCCAUCCCGCUGUGCGACAACAUCUGCGCCAAACCGCUUCCGUGCGGCCCGCCCAACGACAAGCACUUCUGCAAGGUGCCUUGCCAUGAAGGUGACUGCCCCGAGUGCCCUGAGAAGACCCUGCUGCCGUGCCGCUGCGGUCACACCAGCCGCGAAGUACCCUGCAUUGACCUCGCCGAGAUGAACAACAACAUCACUUGCCAGAAGAAGUGCAACAAGAAGUUGUCGUGCGGGCGUCACCGCUGCCGCGGCGUGUGCUGCGCGGACAGCACCCACCGCUGCGGGCUGGUGUGUGGACGCUCGCUGCCCUGCCAGUUGCAUCGCUGCGAGCAGUUCUGCCACACCGGACACUGCCCGCCUUGCCCCAUACUCAGUUUCGAGGAGCUGAGCUGCGAGUGCGGCAAGGAGGUGGUGCUGCCGCCGGUGCGCUGCGGCACCAAGCCCCCGGCCUGCAGCGCCACGUGCGGCCGCCCGCGGCCCUGCGGCCACCCGCCGCACCACGCCUGCCACGCCGGGGACUGCCCGCCCUGCGUCGUGCUCACCACCAAGAUGUGCUACGGACAACACGAGGAGCGUAAGACAAUACCGUGUUCGCAAGAGGAGUUCUCGUGCGGGCUCCCGUGCGGCAAGCCGCUGCCGUGCGGUAAACACACUUGCAUCAAGAUCUGUCACAAGGGGCCCUGUGAUACUGGCAAGUGCACGCAGCCGUGCCGCGAGAAGCGGCCGUGGUGCGGGCACGAGUGCGCGGCGCAGUGCCACUCGGCGGCGCCGGGCGCGUGCCCGGCCGCGGCGCCGUGCCGCCGGCCCGUGCGCGCCGUGUGCCCCUGCGGCCGCCGCGCGCAGCCGCGCUCCUGCCACGACAACGCGCGCGACCUCAACAGAAUAAUGAGCGCACUCGCCGCAACGAAGAUGCAAGAAGGUGGUUCAGUCGACAUAUCAGAAAUGCGUCCCGGUGCUAUGUUAAAAACCCUGGAGUGCGACGACGAGUGCCGCGUGGAGGCGCGCACGCGCCAGCUGGCGCUGGCCCUGCAGAUCCGCAACCCCGACGUGUCGGCCAAGCUGGCGCCGCGCUACAGCGAGCACGUGCGCGCCACGGCCGCGCGCGAGCCCGCCUUCGCUCAGCAGAUACACGACAAACUCACUGAGCUCGUGCAGCUAGCUAAGAAGUCGAAGCAGAAGACGCGGGCGCACUCGUUCCCGUCAAUGAACUGGCAGAAGCGUCAGUUCAUCCACGAGCUGUGCGAACACUUCGGCUGCGAGAGCGUCGCCUACGACGCUGAGCCCAACCGGAACGUCGUCGCCACCGCUGACAGGGAGAAGUCGUGGCUGCCCGCCAUGAGCGUGCUGGAGGUGCUGGCGCGCGAGGCGGGCAAGCGCCGCGUGCCCGGGCCCGUGCUGCGCGCGCCCGCCGCCGGCACCGGCAGCGUCGCCGGCGCCGCGCCCGCCAACACCAGAACAACAAGCGGCUGGGCAACACUCACAUCAACAAACGCAUGGGCGGCGCGCAGUCAGGCCAAGGCCACCACCUCUACAUCGCCCUCUUCCGCUUCCGCUCCCGCCAGCGCGCCCGCGCCCGCCAAGAUCGACUACUUCGACAACCCGCCCGAGAACUAAUCUCGCUCAAACAUAGCUUAAGGUAACACAUCUUAAGGAUAAACUCAGUUAUUGUUAAUGUUUAAAAAGAGGCUCUUUUUGUCAAUUCAUUAUAAUCGACGGCCUACACUCGGCCACAGCACAAUCAGUCAAGGUCCAGACCUACCUACAUACCUACCACCCCUACCUACCUAACCCACCCCUACCCACCUACUUCCCUACCUACCUUACCUUACCUUCAGAUUUUGCGUCUAAUGGUGUCUACAUGACCGACCUCGCACAGUAUCCGUAUAUUUUCAAAUAUAUUACCAUCAAUAUUAAAUGUGUAAUAAUCGUCAUAAUUAUAAAGUUUAAUAUUAUUCAAAUACAUUAAAAUUAUGUACCAUACUGAGUUUAUCAAUAAGACGAUAUGAUUAGAGUCAAUUUUACGUACUAUGAUACCAAUUAACGUCUCGCUAUAAUGUGUCGUGGUGCUACCUGCUUAGAAAACUAUAAUUUUAGCUCAAUCAUGGCACCCGACGUUCAUCAGGGGCCGUGUCACGAAUUAUAAUGUUACUGAUUUAAAUUAGCAACAUUGGCUUCACGCUGGCAAAGGAUUGGAAAGAAAUAUAGCGAGUGUGUUUAAAUAUACUUUUGACGUCUUUCAAAGACGAAGCAAUGCCGAUCCAGUGCAGAGUGAUUAAAACUUAGCAGUGGCAAUAUGCCGUCGUCGGCAGAACGAUAAAAAUAAAAAUUAUAAAAAUUGGAACUAACGCCACAUCCUAUAAAUACGUCAUUUAAUAAAGUUGUAGUAAAUGGAGAAUGUAUGGAAAUGGUGCACACCAGCGCCCUCCACGCGCCAAAAGAUCCUUGUCGGUAGAAUAAUAUAUAACUUCUAACAGUGGAACAACCAAACAAACUAGUGACAGUAAUAUGCAUCGCAGGCGAUGCCGCCAUAUUUUUGAACCAAAAUAACGAAAUUCGCAAAGCAAAUCUGCAAUUUAUGUAGUUAUUUAUUCAUUCAUACAGAUAGUCUUUUAUUAAAUAUGUAUAUUAUACCAGUGUUGCCAAUUUAAAGAAUUUUAAUUUAAUUUAUUGUAAUGAGUGAUUUUCUUUUUAGAAUUAAAAAAUAAAAAUAGUUCUCAAUAACUCGUUAGAUGGCGCUUAACCAACUACGUUACUGGGCCAUUGCCAAGAUGCCACUAACUAAUAAGAGAUUGGUUUAUUUUUCCUUGUUAGUUGUUUAGGAUAUAUUUAAGGUUUUAUGUUUUCAAAAUUUCAUCGAAGAAAAAAAAGAAAUAACGUUUCGUUCCUUGCAGUAACCUACCAAGUUCAGCGCCAUCUAUUCAGCUAGGAACAAAAAGAAAAUCACUCAUUCUAAUUGAAAUUAUAAUUGUUAAAAAAAGAAAACAUCAAAGUUUAAUUUCGAUUAGCUAUUUUACAUAAGCAAGUUAAAAUUAAAAUAAUCCUUUACACAAUUGUCUUGAAACCACAGGAUUUAGUCAUAUGAUUUUUAAUGGGGAGGUGAAGGCAAAGCUAUCUAGAUGGCGCUCUAAUCAGUAGUACCUAGCCUGACUAUACCGGCCUUUAUACUCGGUGGCUCGCUCCAAUAUCUGUGGUGGCUCGUAAUAAUGCGAAAUACGAAAAAAGUCAAAAUGUAAUGUAAAUUCAGUAACAAGAACAGAGCAAAGAAAACGUAUAAAAAUCAAAACGAAAAAUCAUCCAAUGACAUUCUAAAGACCCGCCAGUCGCUGCCCAACUAAAGAGUCCGCAACACUAUCUAACCACUUUAUUUAUUUAUUUUCAGUUUAUUAUAUAUUAUUUUAUUGAUAUCUAUUGCUAUUUAGGCGGUUAACCAAGAACUACGAUACUACACUCCACUACGACGAGUUACAAUAUUCAGUAAAUUAAUUUACAUGUGGUGGGAAACAUCUGUUUGUGUCCAUCGGGACACCACUAUUUUUAGACUGAUACGCACUGCAAAAUGGCAUAUGCAAAUAUUGUGAUUUAUCCGUGAUAUAUCAGUCCUUACUAUGCAACUGUGUUCUAUGACUAGACGCCAUCUGUCGGGAGUUAUUGUUCCUUCGCCUCUCCAUUGAAAUAAAAGGUAAUGUUUCGAGGGUGAAGAAGAGAGAUUGGUGACACCUCAAUGAUAAUUUUACGUAAAUAAUAAUAAAUGAAUUUCGAUUUGUUUCAAUAGUUUAUACCUUCAGAAACAAUGUAAGUAGUCGGUGUUAUAUUUGCCUAUUUUCAAGAAUUCUAAUAAUCUGUGUACCUAACGCAACCUCGUCUCAAAUUAAAUAAAGAACUUAGGAGGUAUUUGUCACACGGGUUAAAAUUAAAUUAUAAUAUUUAUAAAAAAUCUUCACACCUAUUUUGAUUAUCACAAUCUUUUUAUGAAAUAUAUUCGCUCCUGAAUUCGUUUCGAUGUUACGCCGAUAAUUCAGUACAGAUUAAAAUUUUAUUUUAUUGCAAAAUAUUUUUCUAGUUGCGUUUACAUGAAAAUUCAUUCCCUUGUAAUUUUUAUUAUAUUUUUAGCAUUGUAUUGGGUUUCUACGGAAGAUGGAUGGUACGGUUCUGAGAUGUUGUAAAUAUGACCAGGGGGAUAUACCCUUACGAGUUGACUUCAAGAAAUGGUUUAUAUUGUUUACAUUUAAGUUUUCAUGUUACCGCAGUGUAAAAAUACUAUGUUGCUUAUUUAUUCAAAAUUAUAUUAUAUACAGCUAGAUAACAUUAGAUAGAUAUAAAUUUUUGUCAGUAACUCGAUGGUUAGAAUAAUAACUGAAAAACUAUUUAUAAAAUUAACUAUACAUUACACUACUGCCAUGAAAAACUUAAUAUGCCUAUCUGUUCAAAACAUAAUUUGAUGUAAGUAGUUCACAUUCGUACAUGUUUUCAUACUAAUGAGCUGGCAUAAUUUACCAAUAGCAUGAAGUGUACGAAUGUUAAUACUAGAAAUGUACAUGGUCAGAAAAGGAUCAAAUCGUAUAGUCUUGAAGCAGAAUUACAUAUGACUAGCGCAGAUAAAUGUAUUACGCGAUAUAAAACAAUUUUAAUCGUUUACAAGACUAACAAAUACCAUAAAGGUCUCACAAAUGGUAUACUUAAUUAUGAAGGCAACUUAAUAUAACCCAAAACCAGUUUGACCGCUUGUUACCAGAGGGGCUGCAGACUUUAGGCAAAUGCGAAUCGAACAACUUCUUUCCGAAGAUAGAACGCAUCGAUGUAUAAUUUGUUACUAUACUAACAUACAUUCGCAGUGUGUGAUAAAAUUAUCCAUCGCUUCAAUAAAUUUUGUCGAAAUCGGUAAAUUUAUUUUUUUCCCAAAAACAAAAUACGAACGCAUGCGUUCCACUUUUGGGUUCACAUAUUAGCACCAAUCGACAAAACUACAUAAAUAAUUAUGUGGCCAGAAUCGAUAAAAUGACCGUGAAAAAAAUUUAUCACGUAGCGCAUAUUAGCGCCAGUGGUCAUUUUAUCAGGCUUUCCUGUUCUGUACACUAGGUAUUGCUAAAACGUUCAUAGUCCGGUCCGUCGUUGUCUCACGUCCGCCCAGCGCCAAAUGAGGCGUCCCUAACGCAUAUUUCAUCCUUUUCUGGCCGCACAAUCUAUUCGGUGACAUAAAUACAAUCCUUACGAAUUUAGUAGGUGAAGGGAAGGGAAUGUAUUCUUAUGAAUUUUUCGAUGUCAAAACACCGUAAAUAGAAUAUUGUAACUAAUAUAAAUUCGCUGCUGUACAGGCGAUAUGUAUUAAAGUGUUACAUAUUUGUUAAA